AUGAACGGACCACUCAAGACUGUACACUCGGCGUAAGUGCCCAUUUGAUCAGAGACGUCUACAUGUCUCCUCCGUCCCAUCUCACUCAGCUCCCUGGCGACCCCCACACACCGAAACUCGACGACGUCAUCAUUACCCGAACCAACCUCUAACGCCAUCCUCCGCAGAUGAGUGCGCACCUUGACUGACACCUCGCAUCCUCUUACACAGACUCGAAAAGGCGGAACUACUGGGUACACCUUACCUCCCGUCGUCGUUUCGACCUCAGGUGUUGCUCCAAGUCAGCUUUUCUUCGACGGGGGUGUCGGCUCAGUUGGGCAACGAGUUGACCACUGCCGAGACCAAGGAGACACCCGUCAUUUCGUUCGUCACAGAGGUCAGUCAAUCAAACAGAUUGUUUGGCCAACACGUAUGAAAGGUGGAGUAAACUCCAGCUUGUUCUCCCCCCUUGCUCGACGUACUACGCUCGCGUUUGCCGGACUCCGGCAUGACUCGACCACACAGGACACGGACUCGACCUAUGCGAUCCUGAGCUUCGACCCCGAUGCCCCCUCGCGCGAGGACCAAAAAUUCGGACCUUGGCGUCAUCUCAUCCAAGGUGGUCUCAAAGUGAAGCCCGGAUCGACCGAGGUGACCGUGACCGAAGAGCCGCUUACGCCGUGGGCUCCUCCUAGUCCGGGUCAGGGAACUGGGUAAGUUUACAGCACGUUGUCAGAGAAAGGUGAAGCUCUGAUUUCGGGCCGCGGCUGAAUCCCACAUUGCUCCUACCAGUCCUCACCGUUAUUGCUUUGCGUUGUACAAGCAAACCCAAACGAUUUUGCCGAUGGCCGAACAAUCGCACAUCCAGGGCAACGAACGACCCGAGCGUCGCACUUUCAAAGUCGCCGACUUUGCGCAACAAAACGGGCUUGAGUUGAUCGGGUUCAACUACUUUUUGGUCAGUGAUUGA